GUUCUGUGUAAAGUGAAUGGGGAUGGACACGCUCAUAUCAAGCUGGUGUUUUUCUUCGUACGUGAAAGUAUUUGAAGAUAAUAAAAUUGAAGUGCUUACUCUUUAUUUAUUAAAUUUUGAGGCACUGAGCGUCUUUAUUCCUCCAAUAAGGGAUAGGCUGAAAUUUUUGGGUAGACUUGAAGAUUUUAAGAGGUAUAGAGAGAGGCGUCUAUUGAAAAAGCACUUUGAAGCCAACUUCAAACUUGGUGAAUUUCACAAGGAAGAAGCUGUCACCUUGGGAAUUAACGAUGACAGCCUCACACUUAAAUGUCAAAAUGGCCAGACGUACGUCACUGGAUGGUUAGGAGCGAUGUCAACAGGAGUGGCGUUGCUGGUGUCACCGGUAACGAUAGCUUUUUGCAGAAGAAAAAGUACAAGACUCACAGCUGUUCUGGGUGGUCUCGUUACUGCAUUAGGGUGCCUUUUUACUUCCUUUGCUACUCAGUUCCAUCAACUUUUCUUCAGCUAUGGAACAGUCGUUGGCGUAGGAGUCGGUAUAACGAGAGACUGCAGCACAUUGAUGGUGGCUCAGUACUUCAAAAGAAGAAGAGAAUUUGUUGAAAUUUUCAUCGUGUCUGGCAGUGGUUUAGGGAUUGCAAUAAUGUCAGCAUUCAUCAAAGGAGCUAUUAGCAAAAUAGGUUGGCGACUUGGUUUGCAGGCUGUAACAGGGGUAGUGUUUCUGACUUUCAUUCUGGGUACAUUUUAUCGAAGUGCAUCUUUAUACCAUCCACAACGGCGAGCAAUUCUACACUUGAAGAAUCAGAAAAGGAAGAUAAAGGACAAAAAUAAAACAGACGACAAACCUCCCUUCUUUGAUUUCAGUACCCUCAAAAGCAAAACCGUUAGAAUACUCUUAGUAUCUACUGGAAUAUCCGCAUUUGGUAUCAACACACCAAUAUUUUAUCUUGCUCAUCAAGCAGAAGAAGAGGGUUUAGGUGAUACUGUAAUUUUAUUGCAAACUUAUCUCGGUUUGGCUUGGACACUAGGAUGUGUAACAUUUGGUCUUCUAGUUGUCCAUCAUAACGUAGAGUGCAGAAUAGCGAGACAAUACUUGACCCAGGCUGCUGUUUUUAUGUGUGGAUUAUGCAUUCUAGCCCUCACUACUGUUCACGGAAAUUAUCAUGGAUACGUCAUGUUUACGUGGAUUUAUGGAAUAUUUUGUGGAGGUUAUCAUUACAGUUUGAAAAUGUAUACCUACGAACGAGUACGUGCAAGAAAUUUUGCUAAAACCUGGGGAUUUGUUCAGUGUUCGCAGGCGAUACCAAUUGCGAUUGGAGUUCCUAUCUCAGGAUACAUAAACGUCGGAUGUGGUGGAAAGGCAGGAUACUACUUCAGUUCGACUUGCGUUCUAGUCGGUAGCUUUACUCUUUUUUUCAUAGACCUGCAUCGAAGGAACUUAUCUAGACAUAAGCACACACGGGAAAAUGGCACAAAGCACUUGUGUGUCAAUGAUACAUGUCCUCAAAGAAAAAGAUUAUCAUUUAGUCAGGAACCAGAAAAUGAAGGAGUUGCUGCUGGAGCUGCUUCAGCUGCUUUAGUUCUUGGCGCAGAAUUAGCACCGGCACCAGGCGAAUUGAUAGAUGCCCUCGGAGUGGACAAACCAGAACUGACCUGCAUAUCCGAAGAGGGAAUAGCCGAUAUGGACCUUCCUGAUAACAUUCUUGACGACCUGGAUUACAUCGGAGAUUGUAUAACAUCCUGCAACAAGGUUGAAAAUUACCUAAUGCUUUCUGAGUUUGAGAAUAAUCUAAUCGCUGAGAUGCCUAUCAUCAUGGAUCGCAAGGGGCGUCGAUGGUCUCUUGCAAAAUCCAAAAGUCCAUUAGCCGCAAGUCCAAGUGACGCGGGCGGUCAACCCAGCCAACCGGCAUCAGAAGAAGAGGAAGCGAAACCAAAGUGGCGACUAAUGUCCGUGCCACCCUCUAACAGAGGAAUUACAGUUAUAGAUGAAGCCAGCGCUUAAUACAAAACAAAACUAGUACCCUAAAUAUUAAUAUUAUUUAUUUCAAUUCUUAAGUAACCUAAUUUAUUUUUCUGUUAAUGACAAGCUUUGUUAUAAACCGCAUAUUUUAAGAUUAAUAUGUCGAUAAAAGUCAACACAGGUGAAAAUUGUAAUAACAUCUCAGUACUUCAAAAAUCCUUAAUGCUGGCUAUAUUCUGUACUGGGCUAAUAUUGGCAAAUAACUUGCGCAGUACGAGGCCAGUAGUAGAACUGGCCUGGUAUCCAGAUAGUUAUGUAAAAAAUAGUGGAAAAUGCUUUUAUUUUAGUGGGCCAGUACCAUCUCACGGCAAUAAGAAGUACGGUUCCAGUACCGUUGACAUUGCUAGCCUUGUAACGCAAUAGUAUUUAGCCAGUAGUGUUUAGGAAGAGAACAUAGUUUCAUCGGGGGGUUUACCAAUGCUGGGCCAGUACCGUUGAUAGUCUGGCAGAAUACGGCGCCAGAAGUAAAAUUUCACCUUGGAAGUUUUAUGUGAAGAAUUUUGUAUAAAGAGUAUGCCACCAAAGGGAAAUAAGAGCCAUAAAAACGAUUUAAAGGAAAGAAAAACCAGUUUCAAAAAAUCUAAUUUUCAACUUUAACAAAACUCGAACCCAAUAUAUCGUAAUGCUGACUUGAGGCGUAAAAAUUUAAUUGGAAAAAGUCAUUAUGAUGACGGCUUCUCGACUUUGGAAAUAUAUUGAAAAUGUAAUUUUUAAUUUACGAAUGAAUAAGAACUUUUUAUUCUAGAUAAUCUAUAUAUUUAACUGUAGAGUUUAUUACCUAAAAAAUGUAUUUAAGAAUUUUUGAGGUAAUAGUCUCGUUUACGAAAAAAUGGCGCUUACACCCUUUCGUUGCGCUACUUCCACAUAUGUGAACCAUGCUGUAAUUUAUAUAUUUCUAUACCUGACUUUCCAUUUUAAAUAUACAAAGUGUUAGGAAAAUUUGAAAUGCGCAUAUAUCAUAAAAAAAUAUUAUAGAUUUAUUAAUUUCUGACAAAAUGCCAAAAUUGUCGGUUUUUAUCAUCAAAAUCAUAUCAGUUUUGAAAAAGAUUAAUGACAAUUUUUGGUCUGUUUGUGAAUAUACGCUUUUUGUGAUAAAGUGGUCAUUGUUAAUAUCAUUAAACAUUACAACUAUUACUAUCAAGUAGAACAUUUUAUUUUUAAAAACUUCAAACGUUAUUUAUUAAU